GUCUCUUCCUUCCUGGAAAUUCAGCAAAGAGUUAGCGUUCCCAGGCUGUUGGAGCUCUUCCAUGUUCAUGGAUAAUAUUUGAUAUGUGCCCUGUAAAUCCUGCCCUGGGACUCGGUGACCGGUGGGGUGCCUGAUGCCGGUAAUCCCCAUUCCCCGCCGGGUCCGCUCGUUCCACGGCCCCCACACGACCUGCCUGCACUCGGCCUGUGGCCCGGUGAGGACCACUCACUUGGUGCGUACCAAGUACAACAAUUUCGACAUCUAUCUCAAAUCCCGAUGGAUGUAUGGAUUCAUCCGUUUCCUGCUGUACUUCAGCUGCAGCCUGUUUACCUCCAUCCUCUGGGUGGCACUCUCUAUCUUGUUUUGCCUUCAGUACCUUGGCAUCCGGAUCUUUCUGCGUUUCCAGUACAAACUCUCCAUCAUCCUCCUCUUACUGGGGCGAAGGCGUGUAGACUUCAGCCUCAUGAAUGAACUACUCAUCUAUGGGAUUCAUGUGACCAUGCUGCUAGUGGGGGGGUUGGGAUGGUGUUUCAUGGUAUUUGUGGAUAUGUAAAUAAAACAAGCGCAUGUGGGCUCAGAAGGUGACUUUUCUUCUACCCCCAAACGUGUCGAUAGCCUCUCUUUUAUAUAAAUUAGUUUAUUUAUCAGUGCUACUUUUUGUGGAUGAGUUAACCCCCUUGUCUCUGGAAUUUGUAUCUUUUUGAGGGCUGAGGUGCCAUUUUGAUGAUCGAAGUGCACCACUUGAUUGAGUGGUUUUUUCUUUGCACAGGGCAAGUUAGUAUAAGUGUCUCUAGUUCAGAGGAGCCUUGUGCUGCUGUGCCUGUGUUCCUGUGGGCGUGG